CCGUACCCGUGGUGGUGGUCAAGGGACAUCGAGUGACGCAAGGUCUUACACGACUCACCAGUCAAGCCACCAACUCACCUCACCCUCACCCACCCACCAAACCGCAGCCUUUUUCGAAAAACCAGCACCACCAAAACCCCAUUUUUCAUCAUCAUUCUCCAUCAACAUCCAUGGCGGUUGGAGUUCUUGCUUUACAGGGUUCCUUCAACGAGCACCUCGCUGCCUUAAGGAGGAUUGGGGUGAAGGGGGUGGAGAUACGGAAGGCGGAACAGUUGGAGAAUGUGAGCUCGCUUAUUAUUCCCGGUGGCGAGAGCACUACCAUGGCUAAGCUUGCUGAAUUGCAUAAUCUGUUUCCUGCGCUUCGUGAGUUUGUAAAGAUGGGAAAACCAGUUUGGGGAACUUGUGCUGGUCUUAUCUUCUUGGCAGAUAAAGCAACUGGACAGAAAACAGGAGGACAGGAACUUGUUGGAGGGCUUGAUUGUACAGUUCAUCGUAAUUUCUUUGGUAGUCAGAUUCAGAGCUUUGAGGCCGAGCUUCCAGUACCAGAGCUUGCUGCUACGGAAGGGGGCCCACCAAGUUUUCGUGCUGUUUUUAUCCGUGCUCCUGCAAUCCUUGAAGUGGGACCCGGUGUCGAAGUGCUGGCUUCUGUUUCUAUUCAAUCCAACAAAAAUGUUGAUUUUAAUCCUGCUCUUCAAGAUAAUCAAGAGGGGAGUGCUGAAUCGGAUACUAGCAAAGUGAUUGUAGCUGUGAAGCAGGGCAACAUACUAGCAACCGCAUUUCAUCCUGAAUUGACUAUCGACUCUCGAUGGCAUAGUUACUUUAUGAAAAUGUUGCCCAGCAACAAUGAAAUAACGGCAGCGAGCAGCAGCAGCAGCUACUAUGCAGAUCAAGAAAGUUACUUGUACAACAAGCAACCGAAAACCGACCUUCCUAUAUAUGAAUAGAAAUAAAUUUCAUCAACAUAUAGGUGACCAAUUCUUUGGGCCGUUUUACAGAUGGCUGAAAGCUUUCAAAAUAGAAUGAUCCCUUAUAGGGGCUAUCUGCAAGUUCCAGUUGUUACUGUAUAUAUAACAAUGGAAAUGGUUUCUUAUUGCUUUUCCUUUUAACGGAAUCUUUUGAUUUUUAAUUUUUAAUUUUGAAAGUGACUUGGGUCUAUUGAUUGUA